CCAGUCCCCUCCACCCAUCUCUCCUUCUGCAUGCAUCCUUCCUUCGGCUUUUUGUCCCGCUAUUCUUUUUCCCCGUCAUCUCCCUCGCUACCGCGAGCGUGGCCGUCGACGUUCAUCUCGACCCUCCAAAGCCUUUUCGGCUUGAAGUGACGAACUCAUCACCAAAGCGCGGGGGUUUUUUUCCCCUUCGUUCAUCAUCUGGCCCGACAUCCAACACUUGCUGCCUGACGCCAGACAAUAGCUCGGGCGAGCCCGUUUGCGAGGGACCGUUUGGGCGGAACCGCUUGUCCGGACGGCACCGGACAUUAGAGGCAGGGAAUAUCGAUCGCUUCUCGCCCAGGUGUCGCCGACUCGACCAUACCGCACCCGAACCCCAUUGCUAUGACGCUCUGACGUCUUCGACAACAACCAGCACUCAGAACCACAGCCGGGAGACAGACCAUGAUGCGAUUGUGCUCGUUGGGGUUGGCCCUCCUCGGAGCAGGCUUGAUCGCCACCGCCCAGGCCGAGUCCUUCCUCUUCACAGAACCGAAUAGCAACAUCCCUAUUCAAGACAAACUCUACCGCACCGACUCUAGGGGGUUGGAGUUCAAGUACAGCUACACACGGCAAAACCCAUCGAGGGUUGGCCAUGCGAAAAAGGUGACCAUAACUAUUCACCGAGGGGAACCCACUGUUCCGCUUGCCCAGGUCAGCCUAGUAUACCCCGACGUCAAAUACAACGGGCCGAUUUUUUCACCGAUGCAAGGGCGCCCGCCGAUGAGUGGGACCGAAUUUUCCGGGCCGAUUUUGUCAGAGCCGCCAGACGGCUUGCCGGUGGAUGGGAUCUACAGAAUGAAGUUGAAAGAACUAUCCUGGGACCCUGAGGCCCGAAAUGUGUCUGGCACCGUAACUAUCAUUGACGCGGCCAAACUUGCCACGAGCCUCUCUCGCAGCAUAGAGCAGACUCCACCUGAGCUAUUUUUCGACCUCAGCUUGGAGGUUCCCAGCACCAACUCUCCGGAGCUAGAUACGACAGGAAAGAUUAAAACGCGGCAGAAUAGCAACGCGGCAAGGUUUGGCCUGGCCAACGAGGCUUUGAGCCAAAACAAUGAUGCUUUUGAGAAGCAACAGGGUCUAUUCUUCUCCAAUGGGGGCGGCGGGGGUACGGGUGUCGACCCUUCAAAACCCACCACGUCUGCAACAACAGGAGGUGCUCUGCCGAAUGGCACAGCUUCGCUGUCAGCCGAUAGCGGCAUUUCCACCGGCGCGAUCGCAGGGAUAGCUGUUGGCGCUGUCCUUGGCGCCCUGCUGAUUGGGACUGCUCUGGUAUGGUUCUUUGUGCGUCGCCGGCGUCAGAACAAGGCAGGGAAGGCAGGCCUCGGCUACAACGGCGGGUCCACAAGGUCGGGAGAUCUCGUGGCGGAGAAGGAGGCCAACGCCAUCGUCGCCGAGAGCCCGCGGUCGCCCUACUCGGAAGACAGGACCCACCGCGACAGCACCCUGGCCGCGGGCGCGGGGGAGACGGCGGGCGACUACCAGCCCUACAGCGACAACCCGACGGCGACGGCCAACGCUCCCCCGCCGGUCAUCGCCGCGCCCGUCGCCCGGGCCGCCUCGGCCAACUCGAGGUCCACCGCCGACCGCUCCUCCGCCGCCUUCCCGGCGUCCGCGCCACCCCCCGCCAUCGGCGAGGAUGGGCUCCCGCCGCGCUCCGACACGGGCAUGUCUGGGCGGUACGCGCAUCUCAUCGAGGACAACAUGACGGCCGACGAGAUUGCCCGCCUCGAGGAGGAGGAGCGCCAGCUGGACGUUGCCAUCGAGCAGGCGCGCGGAGUGACAACAAAAUAGUUGCGUCUUUUCCCCGCUCAGCCAAGGUCAAAGCCUUCAUCCUUUCUUGUUCAUUUUCUUCUCCUUCUUCUUGGGCUGUAUAUGGAGAAAGGAGUUUGUAUUGUAUUUAAUGAAGCCUGGUUCUGGCCCUGACUGUUUGUGGGGUUGUUUUGUGGCUCAUAGCGCUUCAACCGUUCGUUUCCUCGCCGGGACUCAAGGGAAUACAUUGUGUU